UAUAGUCGGAAUGGUUUCGACUUGAGGUUCACUACAUUCUCCUUUUAGUCUAAAUGAUGCUAUGCCAUUUGGUUUGAAAAUGUACCUCAAUCCAGGUAUGGAAGGUGUCGCCCUACUCCUGGCAUAAUGGGAUAAUUAGAAGAUUGAAAUACUGUAAGUUUAAAAAAAUUAAACUGCCCUUUUUGACAGCAUGUUAUCUCAUUCUAAAGCAGCCCGUUGGAUUGCAAAAUAGUUACUUACCCCAAUGCUAGGUGUUGAAUUUUAAUUGAGUCCAAUGUGCUACUUUAUUCAAAUUAAAAAAACUGGCAAUAUUUCAAUCUUUGCGACUGAGAUAAUGAAAUAAUUAGGAGUACAGCGACACUGUCCAUCCCUGCAUUAAGGUACGUUUUCAAGCCAUAUCCCUCAUUCGUCACCGUGGUGCAAACAUAUUGGCCUAGUAUCGUUUCAACUUUAAGGAGAUUUCAGUGAACCUCAAGUCGAAACCAUUCUGGCUAAUGUUCAGGUAUGUUAGAGGUUUCAAUCCCCGGGCUCUAUUAGCCAAACAACAUGGAUUUUCAACAUAGGCUACCUGUGGAACCAGAUUAACAAGGAAAAUUGCAUGUUUAAAUGUUAAAAGGAACCUCUUCGUCUUUGUUCCAGGCCAGGGAGUCCCUCAGUGCCAAGGUUUACUAUAGAGAAUCAUAAAGUAGAUGCUAGGCCUCCAGCUGACAUGUACACAUAUAAAAUGAACUACCCCAGCCUUGGACAAUGUGUCAUCAUCAACAACAAGAACUUUGACAGGAGAACAGGAAUGAGUUCUCGCAAGGGAACAGAUGUGGACGCUGGCUAUGCAAGGAAAGUGUUUGAACGUUUGGGGUACAACGUGAAAGUUGCCAAUGACCAGACUGUGCAGCAGAUCCAACAGCUGCUUUACACUGUGUCUCAUGACGACCACAGCCAGUCGGCCUCCUUUGUGUGUGUGAUGCUGAGCCAUGGAGACGAGGGUGUGUUCUAUGGCACAGAUGGAAAUGUGGAGCUCCAGAAGCUCACCGGACUCUUCAGGGGCGACCGCUGCAACACACUGGUGGGAAAGCCCAAACUCUUCUUCAUCCAGGCGUGCCGUGGGUCUGAUCUGGACUGUGGAAUAGAGACAGACAGUGUUGCUGGUGGAAUAGAGACGGACAGCGUUGCUGGUAACUAUCCAGCGAGGAUUCCAGUGGAGGCAGAUUUUCUCUAUGCUUACUCUACAGCCCCAGGCUACUACUCCUGGAGGAACACCGACAAGGGCUCCUGGUUCAUCCAGGCCCUCUGUGAGAUGUUACAAAGGUACGGCAAACAGCUGGACAUUAUGCAGAUCAUGACACGUGUCAACCACAAGGUGGCACAUGACUUCGAGGCUUCCCCCAAUGCCAACAAGCAGAUCCCUUGCAUUGUGUCUAUGUUGACCAAACAUCUCUACUUUCCACAUUGAUUGUAUAUCCUGUGGGAACAUUUUACAUAUUUGCACAGUGUGUGCUGGGGUUCUAAAGACCAGUACAUUUUAUAUAUAGGGAUUCUCUGCACUGGACCAAAUACCACUGUGGAUAAUCACUUAUUCAAAUACUUCUGUUUGGGGAAAGUCUAAAAGCGAAAAGGUAUAAAAUGUUUACGCUUGAGGCCUAAAGGGCAUUAUGUUGGACCACAGAAUGGCUUUUUAAUGGGGAAAGGCUGGCAUUAAGUAAUGACUAUGCAAUAGCAGUACUUGCUAUUGAUUUGUUGAUCAUGUAUUUGGGAUGGAACUAGGAAUUUAAAUGCUCUGAAUUGUAGGGUAAACACAUUUUCAGAUAACAUGGAAUGAAAGUCACUCAGGCUUUGAAAGUAUAGUAAAGUUGUGCCAUGUCUCUAUAUAAAUAAUCUCUCACCCGUGAGGUGUUUUUUCAUCUUUUGCACAUUGUACAUUCAAAUAGGCUACUAUAUGAAUAAAGGAGCUUUUAUCCUUGGUAAAUUGUGUUCCCAAGAAACAACAUUUAUGU